AUGCAACAAGCCGGCGAUAAAGCCAAAUUGAGUCUAAUGGCGACCAGGAUCCGGGAACGCAAGCCACCAACGCUCAGUAUGGCACCUAUGAUUGAUUGUGUGUUCCUGCUCCUGAUUUUCUUCAUGGUAUCGACAACCUUCUCGCCGAUUCCCGGUCUCCGGGUGCAGUUGCCCCCGCCGGGGAAACCGUCAUCCGAUAAACCGAAAGGUCUGACUGUCCGAAUCGCAAAUCCGGAACCCGGCAAUGACCAAGGCACGAUGGUGCUGAAUGAUGAGGUCGUCCAGAUUGAUGAAAUGUUUACUCGAUUCAUCAAUGCACCUGAGGAAGCGACAAGCAUGCUCAUUAUCCAAUCCGAGCGAGACGUGCUACAUGGGCAGAUCGUACAAGUGAUGGAUAUCGCGAAACAGGCAGGUAUAGAUAAAAUCGGGUUCGCUAUUGUCGCAAGAGAUUGA